AACGAACUGUAAAUACGCGCUAUCUUCCCCAUCGACGGCGCUCAACAGGCAACCAACAGCUGAUUAAACGCCCGUUCUGUGCGUUUCCUACAUUGUGUAUUUAAAUUUCGGAUUUUUCGGCCUAAAAGCCAUUAAGAGAGGGCCGAACGCUUAAAGAGAGCUAUCGAGUGAAAGGUGAGGAGAACCAAAACGGAGCGUAAACAUGAACAGCGAUGAGGUGCAACUGAUCAAGAAGACCUGGGAAAUCCCCGUGGCAACACCCACAGAUUCUGGAGCGGCGAUACUGACGCAGUUCUUCAACCGCUUUCCGUCCAACUUGGAGAAGUUCCCCUUCCGCGAUGUCCCACUGGAGGAGCUAAGUGGAAAUGCUCGCUUCCGAGCACAUGCCGGCAGGAUCAUUAGAGUCUUCGACGAGUCCAUCCAGGUGCUGGGUCAGGAGGGCGAUCUGGAGAAGCUGGACGAGAUCUGGACCAAAAUUGCCGUUAGUCACAUUCCGCGGACCAUUUCCAAGGAGUCGUACAACCAACUGAAAGGAGUUAUCCUGGAAGUGCUGACAGCUGCCUGCAGUCUGGACGAGAGUCAAGCGGCCACGUGGGCCAAGCUGGUGGACCACGUGUAUGGAAUCAUCUUCAAGGCGAUCGACGACGAUGGCAACGCCAAGUAGAUGAGGCAGCUGGAGGAGAUGCAACCGAAUCCGUGGAAGGAUGCAACUGAUGCCAGGCGGUGGCACUUGCAACACAUGCACAGCUUAUGUAGUUCUAAGUAAUUGAUAAAUGUUAGCUAUUCUCGUUUUGUAAUAAUGAAUGCGAAUGUCCAAAACAGAAAUACACACACAGUGAAAACUUA